AUGCUUCGGUGUCUGCCUUUACGAAUUUCUAUUCGAGACAGCUUAAUUUUAAUAAUUUUAGUGCUAUUUAAUACUAUUCACGUUACGGAUAUGGCAAACAAUGAAAUGGAUAUUCAGAGUAAGCAAAGUAAGACAAAGGAAGAGAAUGGAAGUAAACUAGUUAAUUUUAAUGGAAAUGAUGAUUAUUUAAAAAAUUGUCCAUCAGCAGAUGAAGAGAAUGAAAUAAAUUGCAAUGAGCUAAAUUAUCCUUGUUUGGCUUGUGACAGGAGUAUUGAUUGUGUUUAUGGAGCUCUUUUUAAUUACACUUGCUAUGUUAAAGCAAAGGUGACUUGCAAGGGGACAAGAUCUUUCAACAAAACAGCACAAUGCAGAUUUUGUUAUCAAACUGAUAAAUGGGAGCACAGAUGUGAUCAAAAAGCUAGCUGUAAUUCUUUGGCGUCCCCUAUAAAAUAUUAUUUAACAAACUGUACAGUUUCUGAUGAUAUUAUUUGCUUAGGAAAGAGGAGGUUCUUGAAAAAAAUUAAGUGCUCAUGGACAGCUGGAACACAUUGGGGCACUGCAUUGGUACUUGCCUUGACUCUUGGUGGAUUUGGAGCUGAUCGAUUUUAUUUAGGACACUGGCAAGAAGGCAUUGGAAAACUGUUUAGCUUUGGUGGCCUUGGUGUUUGGACGUUAGUUGAUGCUUUAUUAAUAGGUAUACACCACCUUGGCCCAGCAGAUGGAUCUCUGUAUAUUUAA